GUUUUAUCCGGAAGUGAUACAGAUGUUCUUGGUUUGAAAAAAAUGUGAAAAAUUAAAAAACUCUUCUUAAUAAUCACAUUUAGGGAGUAAGUGUACGUUAUUACGUAAAAUAAUAAACAGAGAAUUACAAGAAGUCAAUGGAGGCGUUUGAUUGAACCCCUUUAGAUUAUCGGCAUGAGUGCGAGACGUGUAUACAAUGCCCUCAAUAAGGGAGGAGUGUUCUGUAUCUUCAAACCAAAGGGAAUAUCUGUCCAACAUUGUGUCAGGAAAAUCAAGUUCAACUUAGCACAGGGGCUAAACCACAUGUACAAUGAUGAACCACUAAAGGAAAGAGUACAGAUAGACGAGGAUAACAUAGGAACUGACCUACCAGUAGUGACAACUGUGCCUGAUCUAGCUGCCUCAUCUUUAGUCCUGGGCCCCAUGUACCAACCAGAAGAUUUCAGAGUGCACUACUGUGGAGAACUGGGAUCCUUUGCAUCUGGGGUGACUGUCCUUGGCAUUGGGGAAGGAUGUAAACUGGUGAAGAAAAUUCUCGAUGCCCGUUACAUUCAUGUAUACCAUGUUAAAGGCACUCUUGGUAGAGCGACAGAUAAUUUCGCACCUGAUGGCCAUCUGGUGGAGAAAACAACAUGGAAUCACGUCAAGCGCCCAACAAUUGAUCGUAUUCUCGCAGCUAGUCAGGCAUUACACCAGAGACAAAUGUUCUUGAAUAUGCGUGUUGACCCCCAAAGUCAAGAGGCUUAUGAUAUUGCAGCCAAAGGUCUGAUAAGACCUGAAGAUGGCUACACAGCUCCUAUCAUUUACAACAUGAAGUGUAUAGAGUUUCAGCCACCAGAUUUUACAGUGGAAGUGCACUGUGUAAAUGAACACUCUAAAUAUCUCAGACAGAUUACGCACAAUGUCGGUCUGGAGGCAAAAUCUACAGCCAUUUGUACACAGAUACGAAGAAUUCGCUACGGACAUUUUACACUUAGUCACGCCCUUUUAGAUAAACACUGGACAGUCGAGCAUAUCUUAUCAAAUAUAAAACAUUGUAAAUCUCUGACAAAGCGAAGUUUAUUGAAACCAGGGCCAAACAUGAUACAAUUAGAGCAUAGAGACACGUCAGCAUUGGAGCCUGGGGAUCGUGACACUCCCUCAUUGGAUCCUGGUUGUUUUGACGCCGAAAAAAGACUGGAAAAUGUGCCUCAAGAUCAAGAAAUUAUUAAAAAUAAGAGAUAACUAGCGUAUGAUGUAUUGUAGUGUGAAUUAUUUAUACUUCAUGUUAGAAUGAGAGUCUGAUGAGAAAAUAAAUAUUUCUUUACGAAGAUGCUGCA